AUGCUAUCAACAGACUCAGACUUCGAUCUCAGACCGUCCACUCAGUCCAGUAGUUUGGGAUUCAGUGCUUCCGCAUUUGCUGAUAUUAACAACUUGGAGCAUUGCGCCAAAUACCUGAACCAAACCCUCGUCACCUUUGGAUUCCCCGCUUCGCUCGAUCUCCUCGCAAAUGAUCCGGUGUCAAUUGCGCGAACUUGCAAUUGUCUAUACUCUUUAUUACAGCAGAGGCAAAGGGACAUUGAAUUCAGAGAGUCUGCUAAUGAACAAAGGCAACGAUUUAUCUCGGACAUAUCGAGAUUAGAGGCCAAAGUAGAGAGGCUGGAGUCGCAGUUAUCUGCCAAAGAUAGAGAGAUAGCAACAAUUACUAGAACGGAAGCCAAAGCUACCGCAACUUUUAAGGCCCAGAUUGAGAAGUUGCAGCAGGAGCGAGAUGAAUUCCAAAGGAUGGUUAUUGGUAAUCAGCAAGUGAGAACUCAACAAAUACAUGAGAUGAAGAAAAAGGAAAAAGAGUAUAUAAAAUUGCAGGAGAGACUAAACCAGGUCUUGAUGGAGAAAAAAAAGGAAUCCCGAUCGGGCAUGGAGAUAAUGAAUUUACUCCAGAAAGAAGGGCGGCAACGCGGGACAUGGAAUGGAAAGAAGGCUGACAAUGACUUUUAUAAAAAGAUUGUUGAUGCUUAUGAGGCAAAAAAUCAAGAACUAGUAGCCGAGAAUGCUGAUUUGAGGGCUUUAUUACGUUCAAUGCAGGUAGAGAGACUAAACCAGGUCUUGAUGGAGAAAAAAAAGGAAUCCCGAUCGGGCAUGGAGAUAAUGAAUUUACUCCAGAAAGAAGGGCGGCAACGCGGGACAUGGAAUGGAAAGAAGGCUGACAAUGACUUUUAUAAAAAGAUUGUUGAUGCUUAUGAGGCAAAAAAUCAAGAACUAGUAGCCGAGAAUGCUGAUUUGAGGGCUUUAUUACGUUCAAUGCAGGUGGACAUGCGUGAUUUCUUAAAUGCUCCAAAUGGAUCAUCCAAGCAAGCGAUUCCCGUCAAUGAAAGGUUGGAUGCUGACCCCUCAAACUCUCCAUUGGGCGGGCGGACGGAUGUCUUUGACUUGCCUUUUCACAUGGCUAGAGAUCAAAUAGAAGAAAGUCUUAGAAAUAAGAUGGCCUCUAUAAAGGAGCGGAUGGGUCAACUACAAGAUGCACAAAAAGAAGCAGAAGUAACUUCUGAAGUAACUGAGAGAGAGCUUGAGCUGGAAGCUCAACUUGUUGAGGCAAGGAGCAUUAUUCAAGAGCAGUGUACAUGUUUGUGUGUAAAUGAUGCUUGGUAUAUGGGGGCAAUGGAUGAGGUUAGACCAAGAGGUGGUGGUGCAAUAUUAGGUGGUUGA